AUCGAUGUCAGGCAAGUUCUGUUCCAAACAUGUAUCAGAAGUCAUCCCCGAUCGUGGUGCUCGCCCUAUGCCUGAGCGUGGCACUGGCCGCCCGCCUGCAGGCGCCACCCCACAAGCCGCAGGCUCACAUCCAGGAGCUGAAGGCCGAGAACCAGGUGCUGGCCAGUGCACACAGCCAGGGGUCGAACCUUUGCUUCAACAAAUACCUUCCAGUGUUGGAUACCAUCAACGCCGCGUACGAAACCGAUUUCGUGGCCUGCAUCAGCACCUAUGAAAACGCCACUGUCGCCGUCCACGCCAAGUACACUUCCGAUUUCGAGGAGAUCGUGAAUAAAUCGGAGAGCUCCUGCAGUAACCUGCACGCGUGUCAAUAUUGGUCAUAUUCGACAUUGCCCAUCGAGGAUGUGCUGUCAGGACUCGAUUGCGCCAACACUGUGGCUGCCGAUGAUGCCAAGACCUUUUACAGCAUCUCAAACACUGCAACGGAGCUCGCUGCUAAAAUCCAGGCGGACUAUCUGACCAUCGAGAGUACGAAGGACCUAUGCUUGGUCGAUGCGGAGAGGAACUAUGUGGAGGCCACGACCACCACCUAUGAGCAGUUGAAUGCCUGUCUGAGGGGCGAUAUCGCUGUUGAAAAAACAUCAACAACAACAACAUGUGAACCAACAACAUCAACUAAACAGCCUGCAAUAAUUACAACUGAUGAUGCUUGAUGAUGUUCCGAUGCUCGUAUUUAUGAUAAAGCUCAUGUAUAAAAAAUAUUUGUAAAUUCAAUGAAUAAAUAAAACACUCAGG